GUGAAUGAAAUUCUUGAUUUGUGAAUCCGAUGGUUAAAUUCCAUGUACCAAGUGCUUACAAGUGGCUUCAUUUUGUAUGCAUUAUUUUUUUUUUUAAUCCAUGAGUAAAACCUGAAAUUUUACAUCACAUAAAUAAUAUCAAUAAAAGUAGAAUGCUAUUUGAAUUAUGCUCUGAAUUCCCAGAUAGGCCCAUUUCGGUUUUAAUCAAAUACAACCGUUACACCGAAAUCAGCCGGCAAAUAUACGGUCCAGCGGAAAUGGUUCACAAUGCCAGCACCCUUCAACAAGGACAUGCGCGCUCAGCGGGAAACAGCUGCUACUUCCUUCAAGUGCAUGAAAUCCUUCCAAUAGUGUCAAUUUACUGACGGUACUGACAGCAUUGCAAUUAGAAAAAACUAAUAAAUAAUCAACUAACAUUAGUAAUCGUUUUCUAAACUAACUGCUGUGAAAAUUAGAAUUAAGGUAGAUCGAUUUCGACAGUUCAAGUUUUAUUAUAGAAACUGACCAAUGACCUAUGGCCAAGAUACGAAAUGUGUUCAAAAAGCACCUUAUCCCGAACCUGGAGAGCAAGUGUCGGCUGUGCCUCUCAGACAAGACGAUGGUGCAGUCGAUUUUCCAAUGCGAAAGCAAAGAGACGACCGAUACGCUUGUGGACAAAAUAUUCGAAUGCACCGCAAUUAUGCUCUCCAAGGACUUCGACUUUCCUUCACCAAUUUGUGAAGAUUGUGCUCUAAAGUUGGACGAGUUUUUGCUGUUUAGAGCUAAAUGCCUGAGAAGCAACGAAAUUUAUAGGUUCAACAAGUUGCAUAAAUCCAGGCUAUUCAGUUCCCGAUUGCAAAGUAAUGGUUGUGGAGAAACCGAUCGCAAGGAUCAGAAACCGCCUGAUAGUAAAGAAGAGGACCACACGAUCGAUCACGUGGACAAAGAUACGAUAGGUACGAGUAGUAGCAGCGACGAUGUGAAUAUUACUACUAUUAAAAAUGAACUGCCAGUUGUCAGCUGUGUGCUUGUAGAAGCAGCGGCGAUAAACGAUCCUACUGACUAUAACGGAAAGACCGACGAGCCUUCCGAAACUGAUGUAAAAGAAUCAUCGGAUAUAUUGAUUAUUGAUGACACUGAAGUUACAACAAGAAGCGAACCUAUACUGUCAGAAGACUCCUCCAAAACCCAGAAAAUCACGUUGAAGAUCGAUGGAUUUACAUUUCCUUUAGGCACGGUUACGGAAUUGGAAUGCUUGGAACGUUGCAUACAGUCAUGCUCUGAAACAAAAAAUCAAUUUAUUACACUGCUACGUUCGCUGAAAAAUAGCAAUACCUCUUUAAGCGAUACAUAUCAGCGACUGUUCACUGACGCGUUAACGAUACACUACAACUAUGACGGAAUUUCGCCUAAAUACAACAAACGAUCGCUCAAGAGUCUUUCCAUAUUCACCAAAUGCAUGCCCGCUGCAUGGGACGAUCACAUGGACGCUAAUAUGGUACGCGAAGCAAUAAUUGAGGCUGUGAAAAAGUCACACAAUCGCUACAAUCAAUGCAGUCAUCGCAAGCGUACCAGGCAAGUAUACCUUCAUCCAAUAUCCCACUUUAACUAAUUAAAUUGUAACUUCCAGCUACGAGUGGUUAUAGCUGGUUAUACCGCAUUGAGUGGGUCAACAUGCAAGUGCUCUACAAAUUCCUGAAAGUAAUCAGUAGCAAGCAUGCUUUAAACCCACAUUAGGACAACCGCGGUUCAACAUAGUCGAACCUUACUAGAAGACAGUGAUGGCAAUGUUGAACUUUCUUCGCAUCGAAAAAUGGCAACAUGAAGCAUAGGAACAAUUAUUAUAAUUGAAAUGAUAGCUAACUAACCAGUAGCCGAGUAAUUCAGAACCCGCAAGGAACCAACUAUGAUUACUACAACGAAAUUCGAUUUAACAAAAAUAAACAAAAAAAAGCAACUGCGAAUUCGAUAGAUUAGUGAAAGUGACACGUUAGAAAUUUUAUCAAGAAGUUUUAAAGUGUUAUUACUGAAUUUUAUUAUAUUAGAAGUGUAAGCGACAGAUAGAAUCUUUUAAAUUCGACUAUUUUACAUCGACUGUUUUCAAAGAGUAGAUGCUUCAGGUGAAAUAGAAACGAAAGAAGCAACGAUCACGCGUCCUGUUACGCACGGCAUGCAUAUUAGGCUUGUUCAAUGAAAUAUUCAAAUAAAAUCAAGUUUAAUACAAAACAAACUCGGCAUUGUGAUAA